AUGCCUUCUCACCCAUGGCUCCUCUACGUCUACCCCUGGAUGCCCUACCCCCGUCGCGUGAUCAUCUAUCUCCGCGAGAAGGACAUUCCGUCCUCCCUCGUCACCGUCGUCCCAGUCUCAGAUCCGCAGCGCGGCAGCAAGGCGCCACCUGAAUACCCGCCAAAGCCUCCAGGCAGCCUACCAAUCCUGGCAAUCCCCAACGAAGGGGGCUUCAUCUACAUCCGCCAGUCCCUCGCCAUAAUUAACUACCUUGACGAGCUCUGCGACGCCGGCGCCUCCGGCUUCCCCCUCUCCACGUACCCAAUGCGCGGCGCCAACUCCCUCGCACGAGCACGUCAUAACGAGCUCCUGGCUCUCGCAGACGAAUGCACCAUAGCCUGGAACCCCGUGCGCAUGUUCGGCUCAGGCGCCGGCACCAUGUCUCUUCCCGCGGCGUCGAAGGAGAUGGCCCGAUGGGUUUACAGGUCCCUGGCCACGAUCGAGAGCUGGUGGCAGGAGGAGGACCGAGACAUGGCGCGGCUGCGGCAGGGCGGGGGCGGAGAUGUUACGGUAGCCGAGAUUGUACUGUAUCAGUUUUUGGAGUUUGUGGGGGAUUGUUAUGGAAGGGAUAUGACGAGGGAGGGGGAGGUGGGGAAGGAUGUGUAUGGGAGGGAGGGGACUGGGGGUUUUAGCAAGAUCGGGGAGUUUUUGGAGGCGUUUGGGACGAGGGAGAGUGCGAGGAGAGACUCCGAAGCGGGAGAAAUUGCUUCGGAGGAGGUGUUAAGCAAGAUGAGGACGUGGGCUGAGGGCAGUCUGUGA